AUGGGAACUUGUAGAGAAGUUAUUGAUGCAAUAGAGGAGAAAAAUGAAGAAGAUUUAUAUGAACUUGGAAUAUUUAAAGCAAUUGAAGGGAUAAAUAAAUGGGAAAUUCGUGAAAUAGAGGGAGCUGGAAGUCAUUUUUUAAAAUACGCAGAGAAGAAAUUAAAUAAAGAAUUAUUAAAUAAAAAUUUUGUAGAAAAGAAAGAAGAGAAGAUAAAGUUUAUUAAUGAAGAGGAAGAAGAGGAAGAAGAUUUAGAAUUACUUCGAAGUGAUCCAAAAGAAUGGAAACAACAAGAUCAUUAUGCAAUACUUGGGUUAUCUAAAAGUCGUUAUAAAGCAACAUUAGAGGAAAUAAAACAAGCAUAUCGACAAAAAGUCUUGAAGCAUCAUCCAGAUAAAAAAGCGGCUCAAGGUAAUCUGAAUGAUGAUUCUUUCUUUAAGUGUAUUCAGAAAGCAAUGGAAAUCUUAUCAGAUCCUAUAAAAAGACGACAAUAUGAUUCAGUUGAUGAAAAGGCAAACAUUUGCCUACCUUCGAAGAAAGAUACGACAUGUUUUUAUAAACAAUGGAAUGAAGUAUUUGAAAGCGAAGCAAGAUUUUCAAAUCAACAUCCAGUUCCUAGUCUUGGAAAUGAGUAUUCGACAAAGGAAGAAGUGGAAAAAUUUUACAACUUUUGGUAUAAUUUUGAUUCAUGGAGAUCUUUUGAAUACUUGGAUAAAGAUAUUCCUGAUGAUUCAUAUAACCGUAAUAAUAAACGAUAUCAAGAGCGUAAAAACAAAGCAGACAGAACAAAACGAAAAACAGAAGAUACCGCACGCCUUCGAGCAUUAAUAGAUACAUGUUUAAGCCUGGAUCCUCGCAUUAAGAAAUUCAAACAAGAAGAAAAAGCAGCGAAAGCGGCAAAAAAGCAAGAAUCUAGAACGAAUGCCCAAGAAACACAUGAAAAAUUAAUAAAAGAGGAGGAAGAAAGAAAGAAAAAAGAAAUGGAGGAACAAUUACGAAAAGAGGAAAAAAAAGCCAAAGAAAUACAAAAAAAAGCUAUAAAAAAAAACAAAAAGAUCAUUAAACAAUCUUUAAAAACAGCAAAUUAUUUCUAUACGGGAGAAAAUGUUCCGUUAGAUGUAAUUGACAACGUAUUAGCUGAUGCUGAAUUAAUUUUACAAAAAAUCCCUUUGGAACAAAUGACAUUUACAAAGGCAUUAGAAGAAACGACUCAGGCAGAAAACAUUCAUGCCAUAUUUAAAGCAUGUAUCAAAAAACUUAUAGAAGAAAAAGUGAUUGAGGUAUCCGAUCUCAAAGUACUAUCUAUUUAA